AAAGCGAGUGUUAGAGGGUUCGGGUAAAAAUAGCAGAAUAUUUAACUUCGAUAUCCUGGACUGAGGACACGUGAGAAUGGGUGCAGGCAAUGGCCAUCUGGGGGCCGGGAACGCCGCACUUGGUUUCCUCGUCGUAGGCGGAGUGGGACGGUGUUUCUGGGGUAUCCGGCCUCCUGGCCCUCGGUUCACCUCUUUUCCGGGUUAGCUGCUCUUUUUAAGAUCGGGGUCAGUUGGCUACACUACAAACCGACUUUCUGGCUCGGAGCCUGAGGGGUUAACGCCUUGCGGCUGUUCCCCGCUUGCUGUCCAUCAUUACGAGGUCCCGCCUUUUCCGGAUUUCUUAGGCCCACCCUAUCGCUGGCUUUUUUCCUGUCGGACCUGUGCAACUUCCUCCCGCAACCUUCAGGCCCUCCUCCCACGAACUUGGCCACGCCCCCGAACCUACAGUCUACACCCCUGGGUUGUCUCUCACUUCUUGGCCCUCUUCUGGUUUCCUUAGGGACAGGCAUCGCUGAUGUAUUCAGGAUGCUUAGGAUUCUUUUCUGGUGCAAGGUCCCACCCCAACCUCUUUGCACGUAGUACCUCCUCUUUGCUCACGUCCUGCCCCUCUUAAAUUUAUUCAUAAUGUAGUGAUGCUCAACCUGCACUGGAAUCCACAGAACACCUCCCAAACCUAGAAGGAUCGCACUGUGAGUGAGGGACCGGUCUUAGGGGAAAGAGACCUCAGCAGACCAUCCCCUGAGUCUACCCUACCCACCUCCUCCAGGUCAUGUAAGCAACGUGGAGGUGCAAGAACACAUUUCUCUGAAAUGGUUGAGUUUCUUGUGGGCCAGGAGUUCAGCUGAAUACCUCCUGGUCUCCGCAGGAGUUCCUGGAACUGCAGGAGAAGUAUGGAGAGAGAGAUUGAAGUGAUGAAUGUGUGCAACACUUAGACCACCUCAUGGGCAAUGUCUGUGUCAAGGUGCCUGUUUCCCCCUCAUUAGAGCUCAGAGGUGGAGGCAUUUCAAUGCCUAAAGGCCACCACUGAAGCCCCAUAGCUUGAGGUCCAUCACUAAAUCCAGUCCAGCCCCAGCACUACUAACUAAUCCCCUGAAUAUUUCAGAGUUGGCUGACCCUGACUGGCUUUCCAGUCAGUUUCGGUGUGAAGAGGAUGUCGAGCAGACAGCUGAAUUCAGUAACUGUUCGUUCAAUGGGCAGGCUGAGCAUACUGAGCUGUCUCCUGUCACUGACUUCUGGGAGUCAUGUUGUUGGCAGUAUGAGAUGGGGCAUGGCAGUACUGGGGUGGGUUGGGCACCUGGAAUCCCAGACUCCUGUGUGUGUGUGUUGGUGGGGCUGUCAUUCAUAAUGUUCUUCAUCCAUCCAUCUAUCCUCAACCCAGAGAAAGCACCGUUGGUGGCCUCUGCAACUUCAUUCACCUGCAACCCACCUCCCAGAACCUCAGCCAGCAGCUCUAUGGGCAGGAACCCAGGGGCAGGGCACCCCUGAGGUCUCAUACCCACCACCAUCCCCAAGAAAGAAACCAGUGAUGUUUCCCAGGUGACUAGCAUGGCUGCUUCUGAGAUCCUGGCCCUCUUGUCCUCCACACCUGACAGGCACAGAUGUUCCUGGCCAGAACCUGUCCUCAAAGCUCCCUCAAGUUCCCAAGGUCAUCUUUCCCAGCCUCUGGGGUCUAUCACCCCUCCCCUAAUAAAGUUCUGUAUUGAGGGUUUAGAGCUUGAGCCUAGCCUUGGGCUGGAGUUUCCUUCCUCCUUCAUAUCUGAUGAAAAGGGGAAGUAGGCGGGUAUCUGGCCACAACUGCAGCUGAGAAGCUUCAGUAGACUAAGGUCCCAAUGCCCUAAAAAUCCCCAAGUGGGACUGGUGGGCCGGGGCCAACUUGUGCUGGAAACUUCAGCACAUCCAUCUGAGGCUUUUCAGGGGGAAGAUACCUGGUUGCAGCAGGUUGGAGGAUUCCCAGCCCAGAGGAGAUUGGGGUUAGGAGCUAAGUGUCAGAGGCGCUGUGGCGGAAAGUCCUGUGGUUGCUGGCUGCCCGGAUGGGGCCCCAACGCCUUCUCUUGUCUGCGGCACUGUUCUUGGCCCAGACUGUGCCACAGGAAGCCUCCCAGCACUGUGGCCGCCUGGAGUACUGGAACCCUGACAACCUGUGCUGUGGCAGCUGUCUGCAGCGCUUCGGUCCGCCCCCAUGCCCCGACUACGAGUUUUCGGAAAACUGCGGGCUCAAUGACUUUGGUGAUCACGUAACGCACCCCUUCAAAAAAUGUCCUCAUGGGCAGUGCAACCCCGACAACGCAGAGCUAUGUAGCCCCUGUGGUGGCGGAGCCAGUGUCCCCACUCCUGCGGCAACCCAGCAGCGGCACCAGCAGCGCUGCAGAGAGAAGCCGGCUCCUACCAAAGAGCCCUGUCCCCUGAAGCCUGGAACACCCAGCGUCCUGAGCUCCCAGGAAUCCAGCUCACUGACAGUUUCCAGCCCACCAUGGACAUCUGAGCACACUGCCCCUUGGCAGGCCUUUCUAACUAUUGCCCUGCCCCUGGUGCUGGUUCUGCUUGUGACCUCAGCCACCAUCCUCCGGCUUGCUCAGCGAAGACAUAGCUCCCACCACCACAGGAAAGCUGUCCACCCUUAUUCUGAUAUUGCUUGCAGUGAUCCCAACAUCUCUCCAGGUUCUCUGGAGGCACCAGAGGCAGAGCUGCCAAAUCUCACAUCACAGCCCCUGUCUCGCCUCCUGGAUGAGCUGGAGGUGCUGGAGGAGCUGAUUGUACUGCUGGACCCUGAGCCUGGGCCAGGUGGGUCAUUGGCCUGUGGUACCACUCGACACCUGGCUGCAAGAUAUGGACUGCCUGCUGCCUGGUCCACAUUUGCUUACUCACUGAGACCCAGUCGCUCACCUCUGCGAGCACUGAUUGAGAUGGUGGUAGCAAGGGAGCCCUCUGCUUCUCUGGGCCAGCUUCACAUACACCUGGCCCAACUAGGGCGGGCGGAUGCACUGAAGGUGUUAUCCAAGCUUGGCUGAUCUGGGGCACACCAGGCCUAGCACUCCAUCAGGAUUCCCUUGAAAUGCCUGUUGGUGGGGGGAGGAUGACCCUUGGGUGGAUGACCCUUAUUUCCUUGAAGAGCCUAUUCCCUACCAGACUCAUUAAGGUGCCUUCUCAAAACACAGUCCUAUUGGGGACAAGAUGUCCUCAUUCCCCAACCCCCUCAGAAAAGGUCCCAUCUACCCUACACAUAAGACCAGAUGUGGGAAAGCUGGCCUCAGGUGCCUCUGGGGAACCAGGGUCCCCUCUUGAAAAAUACUCCUGCUACCCUUGAGAGAGCUCAUCCACAGGAAACCAGCUGGGUUCUAACUAGUAAUAUGUAGAAUAUUUGUUGCUCUGAAGCCUUGACAGGUCCAACAACUUAUUUCUAAUCCUGAACAGUGGCUUCUUACCUACUUGUUGAACUGAUGGUUUCCUUGGCUCAAAAUGGGUGGGGCACAGAGAAAUAGGAGCUCCUACCUGCCCCCAGCAUCAUAGAAACUGGAAGGCCACCUCUCCAAACAUUGACAGACUUUAUUGUGGGGGGGGGUUCCCACCUGGGAUCCCACCCUCUUAAAUAAAAAAGUGCAUAGAAAAGAA